GAUUUCUAUGAAGGUAUCUUGAAAGUGCUUGGAGAAGAGGAUGAAAACGAACAGGAAGAAGUUAAACUCAAGCAGGCCUUAAGUGAACUCCCUGAAAUCUAUGAACUACACCAAGACAUCCUGGAAGAACUGGAAGAAAGAGUCCUUAAAUGGGAGGAACACCAGAAAGUUGCUGAUGUUUUCCUCUCCAGAAAAUCAAGGCUGAAUCACCAUACAGCAUACAUUAUGCAGUUUGAUAGGAAUUUGGCUUUGCUAGAUGAAACCUGCCUUAAAUAUUCCCAACUGGCCACCGUAAUUCAGGAGUUUGAGCAGAGCUCUGGUGGCAGCCCUCAGAGUGUGAAACACCAGCUUUUGAAAGUGGUGCAGCGUGUCUUCCAGUAUCGUGUGCUGCUCACAGAUUACUUGAAUAAUCUUUGCCCUGAUUCUACAGAGUAUGAAGCCACACAAGCUGCCUUAUUCAUUGUUUCUGAAAUCACCGACCGAGCCAAUGACAGCAUGCUCCAAGCGGAAAACUUGCAGAAGCUGGUGCACAUUGAGCACAGCGUCAGAGGGCAGAGCAGCCUCCUCCAGCCAGGAAGGAUCUUUGUUAAAGAGGGAACGUUGAUGAAAGUCUCUGGCAAAACCAGGCACCCUCGACAUUUGUUCUUGAUGAAUGAUGUUCUGCUGUACACAUACCCCCAGAAGGAUGGCAAAUACAGACUGAAAAACACCUUGGCUGUGUCAGGCAUGAAGGUCAGCCGCCCAGUGACAGAAAAAGCCCCAAACGUCCUGAAGAUUGAAUGUGGUGAAUGUUGCCUGAUCCUGUCAGCAAGCUCGUGCUCGGAAAGGGAUGACUGGUACAGCUGCAUCAGCAGACACAGCCCAGAUCACUACAAAGCUCACAACACUUCCACCUUCCACAGCAGCGUGGAGCUAAGGGAGAGGCUUGGAAUACCCUUGGGUGAGAGGCCUCCUACUUUGGUACCUGUGUCCCAUGUCAUGAUGUGCAUGAACUGUGGCUGUGACUUCACCCUCACGUUGAGGCGACAUCAUUGCCACGCCUGUGGGAAGAUUGUAUGUCGAAAUUGCUCAAGAAACAAGUACCCUAUGAAGUACCUCAAAGAUCAAGCAGCCAAAGUCUGUGACAGCUGCUAUGUGGAGCUCAAGAAAAGAGGUAAGAUUCCUUCAUUCCUGGCAGAACUGACAAGCACAUUUCCUGCCUAGCGGCCACUAAGUGUGAGCUUCCCUCCAACUUCAUCCAGGUGUUCAAACAGUGCCUUCUCCUCUGUCUUCCACAAUAUUCAUUAUUCAUCUUUUAAGAAACAGAAGAAGAUCCCUUCAGCUCUUAUGGAGGUGGCAGCCUCAGGAGAGGGAGCUACCAUCAGUGGUUACCUCAGCAGAUGCAAGAGAGGCAAAAGGCACUGGAAGAAACGCUGGUUUGUUAUCAAAGGCAAAGUCCUCUACACCUACACAGCAAACGAGGACAAAGUUGCCACAGAAAGUUUGCCUUUGUUGGGUUUCACCAUUGCCCCAGAAAAGGAGGAAGGAAGUACAGAUACAGUUUUCCAUCUCUACCACAAGCAGACUCUCUUUUACAGCUUCCGAGCGGAGGAUACCAGUUCAGCACAGAGGUGGAUUGAAGCCAUGGAAGAAGCAUCCAUAUUAUAG